UGGGCGCGUCGAUACGGGCUCUUCCCUCGUAGCUGCGGCGAAGUCUGGUCUAUCCCUUUGACGUCUCCAUAACUCGUCACCCAUCAAGUUCCAUGUUCAUGGAGCAGGACACGCAGAUCCUUGCCACGCAAUCUGGGCCUGCGUUACUAGGCUGUUUCAUGGACUGGGCAUUGCUGGGGGUGCUCAACGUUCAAGUUUACUUGUACCACGUCAACGUCUCUUGUGAUCCACUGUUUCUCCAGAUCCUUGUAUACGUGGUCUUCAUCCUCGAAUGGCUUCAAUCAAUCAAUCUGACAUCGAUGGCCUGGCAAGUCUUCGUCGUAGAUUACGGCCAGGGCGACGCGCUCUCUACAAUACACGUCGGCUGGAUGCCGCUACCAAUAUUGUGCUCGGUGAUUUCAUUGAUCACGCAAUUGUUCUUUGCCUGGCGGAUUUGUAUGCUCUCGAAAAGCACCCGCAUCGUCAGCGGCAUCAUACUGCUCGCUUUGGUGCAGACGGUGUGCGGAUUUCUCGUGGGAAUCAAGCUCAAGGACGGGUCGGCAAGUUCGCAAUUCCUUUCGUCCAAGGCGACCCUCAUCGUGACCUCUCUGUGGAUGGCCGGUAGCGCCUUCGUUGACAUUCUUAUUGCCGUAGUCAUGACAAUAUUGAUGAUCAAACGGAAAACAGGCAUUGCUGCGACCGAUAGAAUAAUCAACAAGAUUAUAAGACUCGUUGUCGAGACGGGCAGUCUUACGGCAAGCGUUGCGACCGUUGGUCUCAUACUCGCCAUUCUAGCCCCAGAAGCGGCAUAUUACCAACCACCAAUAUACACCCUCACGAAGCUGUACUCGAACACUUUCCUCACCAACCUUACCAACCGCUUCUUCCUCGGACGUGAUCACCUACCCAGAGGACAGCAUCAUCGCAGUGGCACAGACGUCACGAGCCUCGCGUUCACCUCGGUAUUUCCCGAUGUUGAAGAUUUCCAUCAACCAGAGAGGUCUGCCGCACAAGGUGAGGUGGCAACGUCAGCGGCUGAGCGCAUUCAGCGAAGUCUGGGACUAGAUCGGCAGACCACUGGCCCUACGCAUUAGAACCAGUAUCUUUCCAUCGCAACAAGCAACUUCGACCAACACAAGCAUAUCAACAAUCUCAACAAUAAAUUAUUCAUCCAUCUUCGCAUUGCUACCUUUGUACAUCUGGACCGUGACAGGUUGACAUGACCGAGGUGACGAAAGAGCUUGCGACAGUGAUCGUUGGAACCAAUCCUCUUCGUCCACACGUCAUCGCAUGCAGCGACAUUACCAGCCGUCCACCACGAGCCGCCGUUGCUGUCUGUACAUCUCUCAAACCUUCAUGAUUUGCCUUCAGACCCAUCU